CCUCCCCCAAACCACCUACUUCAUUUUAAGUACUCUCUGGAUUACCCAUUUUUCUUCAUCCAAUUUCUGCAUUUUGAACUUACAGAUCUCAUCGACGGCCAGACUUCACUUUGAAUUCAAACCAAAAUGCGCCCAAGGGUGGAGAUGAGAAACAAAGAAGAGAAUGAUGGCUCUGUCUUUCUCAGUUUCAUUGAAGCAGUAACAGGGAAAGCUCUCUCUUCCCAAGUUAAAGAGCACUCAAGUGGAUCCUUAACUUCAAUUAAGAGACCCACAGAGAUUUAUGUCCCAAAUAUACCAAACCAUUCUCUUAAUUCUGCAUCCAAUGAAGUACAAAACGAUAAGAAACAAAUAAAUCAGUACGAUAACAAGUUAGACGGUAGAGCUAAUUUUGUUUUCCGACCAAGGGCAAUUCUGUCUAGCCCAGAUAACGAUAGAGUCAUCGGUUGUAGAAACAAAGUAAGUAGUGAAAAAUCUUUGGCUCCAAAUAAACAUAAUUUUAGAGAAGAGAAAGAAAUGAAGACAGAAGUUAUUACCACGAAGAUUAAAUCUUCGACUUCAAAAAUAUUGCCUUCAAAUGUAAUAAAAAACUAUAAUUUGAAAAAACAAGAGAUUUUGCCAAAUAGAACUUGUCGAGUUCGAAUCAAUGGUUCCACUACAACAAGAAAAAUUUAAGUAAAAAAUGUAAUAGUACUUGCUUUUACUUUGUUGAAAUUUCAUCAA